UUCGAUACACCACCCAGCCUCUUCAUCUGCAGCAUCAAUCCAGCCUUCCCUUGGACCACUCAUGAGCGCAAGGCCCAUCAGCCUCUGAAAAGGGUGCAGAGGCGCAUACGCAUGGCCGUCGUGGGAUGGUGGCCAGCUUGCCUCCGCCUUUGUCGGCUCGUCGGAUCCGCUUCCCCUUUGCGCCUCGACUCUAAGCUCGAAGCACGCGCUCAAGCAUCUGUCGCGGCCGGCUCUACGACAAUACAGGUUUGCGCGCUAAAGGCGCAGAUUUCACAUGGACGACCAGAAGAUGUCGACACAUCGUGAUGCGUGGAUGGAAACGGAUAAGGCGGACAAGGCUUCGCCCGCUGGCCAAAGCUCAGAUGGAAUAGGCUCGCUGAAGAGCAGUCCCCGCAUGGACCCUGUCCCAGCCGGAUCGGAAGGGGCGCGACCGUACAGAAGCCGGAAGGAGCGUCCGUGCGACCUUUGCCGCCGACGGAAAGGUGAGCGGAGCAUUUUCCCCUGUUGCACGUUCUAUAGUAACCUCGUCUGCCUCCGCGUUAGGGAGGUGCAUCAUCGAAGAAGUGGGUCAGAGAUGUCAGGCUUGCAACGCAGCUGGCAAAGACUGCACUUUCCAAAUGGACCCUACGCCAAGAAGCCGACCAGAUAGAGAUGGACGAUCACAGAGCAAUGAAGGUCGCCUUCACAUCGAUGCUGCUAGCCAUGCCUUCGAUUGGG